AUGUCUUCCUCUUCACAAACCCAGUUCGUCGGUGCCAUCGACCAGGGCACCACCAGCACGCGGUUCCUCAUCUUCAACCGCGCUGGCGAGGUCGUUGCCCUGCACCAGCUCGAGUUCAAGCAGAUCUACCCGCAGCCGGGAUGGCACGAGCACGACCCGGAGGAGAUUGUCUCGUCCGUGGAGAAGUGCGUCGACGGCGCCGUCAAGAAGUUUGAGACGCAGGGCCACUCGCGCGAGCAGAUCGUGUCCGUCGGCAUCACCAACCAGCGCGAGACGACUGUCGUCUGGGACCGCGUCACGGGCAAGCCCCUGUACAAUGCCAUUGUCUGGACGGACACGCGCACGCAGGACCUCGUCCGCCGCCUCAAGAUGCGAAUCGGCUCGGGCGAGCUCACCGACCGCUGCGGUCUCCCCCUCUCCACCUACCCGUCCGUCGGCAAGCUCCUGUGGCUCAUCGAGAACGUCAAGGCCGUCAAGGAGGCGUAUGAUGCGGGCAACCUCGCCUUCGGCACCAUCGACACCUGGCUGACGUACAAGCUGAACGGCGGCCCCGCCCGCAACGUCUACGUCUCGGACCCCAGCAACGCCUCGCGUACCAUGUUCAUGAACCUCCACACUCUCGACUACGACAAUGAGCUCCUUGACUGGUUCCGCGUCGACCGCAAGAAGGUCAAGCUGGCCAAGAUUGUGCGCUCGGCCGACCCCGAGGCGUACGGCUCCCUGGCCAGCACGCUCCUCAACGGCACCAAGAUCAUGGGCUGCCUGGGCGACCAGUCUGCCGCGCUCGUCGGACAGAAGGGCUUCACCCCUGGCCUGGCCAAGAACACGUACGGCACUGGCUGCUUCCUGCUCUACAACGUCGGCGACAAGCCCGUCAUCUCGUCGCACGGCCUCCUGUCGACCGUUGCCUUUGACUUUGGCGAGGGCAACACCAUGUACGCGCUCGAGGGCAGCAUCGCCGUGGCUGGUUCCAGCGUCAAGUUCCUCGUCGACAACUUUGGCUUCAUCGAGUCGUCGUCGAAGCUGAGCGCCCUCGCCGAGACGGUCGAGGACAACGGCGGCUGCACCUUUGUCACCGCCUUCAGCGGCCUGUUCGCGCCGUACUGGAUCGACGACGCCCGCGGCACCAUCUUCGGCAUCACUGCCUACACGCAGCGCGGCCACAUCGCGCGCGCGACGCUCGAGGCGACGUGCUUCCAGACCAAGGCAAUUCUCAAGUCGAUGGAGAAGGACAGCGGCAAGGCCCUGACCGAGCUCGCCGUCGACGGUGGCAUGUGCAACUCGGAUCUCAUCAUGCAGACGCAGUCCGACAUCAUCGGUAUCCCCGUCAACCGCCCGGGCAUGCGCGAGACGACGGCUCUCGGCGCCGCCAUCGCUGCCGGCUUCGCCGCUGGCGUGUGGGAGUCGUUUGAGGACCUCAAGGACGUCAACCUCGAGGGCCGCACCAUCUUCAAGCCGUCCAUCUCGGAGGAGAAGGCCAGCAAGCAGUUUGAGCGCUGGGAGAAGGCGGUCCAGAUGAGCAAGGGCUGGGCCGAGUAA